AUGGCGCCCAUGCUAGGCAAGGUAGCAAAGCUUGGUCGAUGGGUCACACAUGAACUGCCCACUUAUGUCCUUCGAGGUAGGUGGCCACCUGCAUUUCUCUUGACAAUUUCCAAAGGGAGCUCCGCUUUCUCAACUCGAUGA